GUACCGUUUCAAUGCACUGUGGUAAUUGUAAAUGAUGUCAACAAUCGUUUGACAUCUAUCGCAUGUACUGUGUGUGUAUUGUUGCGUGAUUUCUUUCUGCACCCGUUGAUUUCUGCAAAUUUUUGGGAUAUUCUGACUGAAAGUACUACACAAAGUUUAACACAAACGGUACUACAAAAUGCUUUCCCGAGCGUGUAGACUAAUGUCGAACAAUUCCUUAAACAGGAGAGUGGUUUGUGUGCAGGAAGCAUUAGCAGCAAAUUGCUAUCAACGAUCGCGCGAUUAUCACAUUGCGUCGGGGAAUGGUUCGCAUAGGACAACUAUUAACCCAUCCACGUUACUAAGUACGAGGUUGGGCACCAUCACACCCAUUACGGCUACGGUGUUGGUGAGAAAUAUCAGCACUGAAGAUGGAGAUAAAGCUGCCCUGUUGAACACCAUCCCGGAACCGCCAGCGAUUCCGCAAGGUGCACCGGAAAUUGCAGACAUUGUUUCUGGUGCCGAACCAGCAUUUGCCACCCUCGGUUUGGGUGGUUGGACCCCGGUCGGUAUCGUGCAAAACUGUAUGGAAUUCCUGCACAUCGGGCUCGAUCUACCAUGGUGGGGUUGCAUAGCCAUCGGAACCGUAGUCGUAAGAACGGUGCUGUUCCCGCUCGUCAUUGCAUCACAGCGCAAUGCAGCUAAAAUGAACAACCACAUGCCCCAGCUGCAGGUGCUGCAGAUGAAAAUGACCGAAGCCCGCCAAGCCGGCAAUGCUAUCGAUUCCGCACGGUACGGCCAAGAAAUGGUACUGUUCAUGAAGGAGAAAAAGCUGAACCCACUGAAAAACAUGCUGGUACCGUUAGCACAAGCACCGAUUUUCAUUUCCUUCUUCAUGGGAUUGCGCGAAAUGGCUAACACGCCGGUAGAAUCCAUGCGUGAUGGUGGAUUGUUUUGGUUUACGGAUUUAACGAUUUGUGAUCAGUUUUACGCGCUACCGAUCAUCACCAGCGCUACACUCUUCCUAACGAUCGAGCUGGGUACGGACAGUGCACGAAUGUCGGCAGCAAAUAUGCAAACGGCCAAAUACAUUCUUCGCGCGCUGCCGUUAUUUAUUUUUCCGUUUACCAUCAACUUUCCGGGUGCAAUCCUGUGCUACUGGGCGUGCAGUAACUUCUUUUCCCUGGUGCAGGUCGGCUUUCUGCGGAUACCGAAAGUGCGUGAUUUCUUCAAAAUCGAUCGUAUCGUUACACACAGACCGGAGACACUUCCCAUCAAGAAAAAGGGAUUUACUGAGGGCAUCAAGGAAUCCUGGACAAACAUGAAAAUAAGCAAAGAGCUAGAAGAACGUGCCCGAAUUGAUGAGAUUCGUUUCCAAAAGGCCGGCAAAGGACCGUUGGUGAAGACGUACAAAUACGAUCCCACUUCUCCACGAACAACCGCAUCCAAUGCGGUCAAUGCGAAGAAACGGUAAUGCAAUUUGCCGCGAUCGCACUCGAUCAGCCGAACUGCACCACCAGUGGAAAACCAAACCUUUACAGUAGCUGCAAUAAAAUCGUGCCCUUAGAAGAAAAAGGCAUCGAAA